UGGAUUCGAUGUCCAAUGGGUAUCUGCAACGCCCCCGCGACCUUUCAGCGGGCCAUGAACAUGGCUUUUCAUAAUUUCGUGAGAAAGACUCGUUUGGCACAGAGCAUCAUCAACUACUGCGUGAUUGUGUACAUGGAUGAUAUCUUGGUGUAUUCGAGUUCCUACGAGGGACACGUGCAGCACAUCGAAUGGGCACUGCACGCGUUACGAGAUGCGGGCUUCAAGGUGGCGCUUGAGAAGUGUCAGUUUUUCCUCACCACCAUUUCCUUCCUAGGGCACGUGGUGACAAACAAGGGACUCCAGCCGGUGCCACAGAAGGUGGCAGCUGUCAGAGACGCGCCGGUACCUACAACUAUCACGCAAGUUCGCGCCUUUCUGGGCCUGGCCUCGUACUACCAAAGAUUUAUCAAGGGCUUCGCGGCGAUUGCGGGACCCCUCACGAAUUUGCUACGCAAAGAUCAGCCGUUGAUCUGGAUGCCGGAGUGCGAUCAAGAGUUCUCCAAACUCAAGGCCGCUCUCAUUUCGGCUUCAGUCCUUAUAAAACCGGAUCCCGAAAGGCCUUUUGUUUUCAUCACUGACUGGCAGCCAAAGGCAAUUUCGGCAAUCCUUGCCCAGGUGGGACCAAGCGGACUCGAGAGUGUGGUGGAGUAUGCCUCCAAAUCGGUACCAGCUUGCAAGCGCAACUACGCCGCUCCGGCGGGGGAAUGCUACACGGCUCUUUGGGGAAUCAGCCACUUUCGCGCUUACCUGUACGGGCGAAAGUUCACCUUGGUAACUGACCAUGAGCCCUUGUUGGCUCUGAAGAAAUUGAAGGAUUACUCUGGCAUGAUCGGGCGAUGGGCAACGGUGUUGCAGAGCAUGGACUUUGACAUUCGUCAUCGGAAACACGAGAGGCACGGGAAUGCGGACGGACUGACACGACUGCACCGGCCCGAGAAAGUUCCGAAAAGUGAGGAGGUGAUUCCGUGGAACGAACCCGAACAGGAGAUCGGACCUCGGUACGGCCAAGUGGAGAUCUUAUCGAAGCAUUUUGAGGAGCUGACUUUCUGCUUGGCCCGAGUACAGGUGGCGUGGACACAGACCAGCGGGCAUCCUGCCUGGAUUGAAAAUCCAGAGCUGCUAAUCAUCCAAGCUUGGAGGACUAACGUGGAGGGCGAUCUUCUUGGCUUUCUCUUUGGAUCGGUACAGUCGGGGCGCCGCCAGCUGAUUGUGCAGGAGCUCAUCGCACCGAUCGUGCAAUUGGUGGACGAUCUCUCGCCCGACAUCUAUUCACAGAGUGACGACAGUCCUGCUCCGUACAUUUUCGAGCGAUCAUUGCAUCCGUACCUUCAGUGGACUGCGUGCUUGGAGGAACCUAGCCUUGCCAGAGGAAGCGACGCGUACAGGAACGGAGGCGGAAAAUCCGGAAGUGGCGCGAAAGCGCGAAGAAAUUGCCACCGGGACGCGCCAACUGGAGUUCGCCAGCAAAGCUAGCCUGCGCAUCGGUAACGAUCCGACCAGGGAUCCAGAGCCGCCGAAGCCCGAAGAUGGCGACCCUGCAGCCGCCACCUC